GCAAGCGCAGCAGCAGCAGCAGCAGCAGGCGUUCGAGCAACGGCCGCUGCAGCAGCCCGGUGCAGCAGCCCCAACAACAUAAACACCGCAGCAAAGGAAACAGAAGGCACAGCAGCAGCAGAGGCGCGUCAGCAGCACAAGCAGCAGCAGCGGUUGCAGCAUGAUGUAGCAGCAGCAGCAGAAGGAAUAGCAGGAGCAAAGCAGCAAAUCAGAAGACAGGAAGAGCUGCAGCAACAGCAUCAUUUAGCAGCAAGAAGACAAUCGAAGCCUAGCAGCAACAAGCAUGAGACUACUGCAACAGCAGCAGCAGCAGCGGAAACAGCAGCAGCAGCAGCACAGCUAGUAGGAGCAGAAGACACCCAGAGCAGCACCGUGUUAGCUACGACGAAGACAACAAGAAUAGCCGCAGCAGCAGCAGCAGCAGCGCGUGUAGCGUAA